UGCAAGUAUUUCAUUGGCAAGACUUCCAGAUUCAACGAAUCAGCACCACCAUGAUGUAUGGACAAAUUCUCCACCAUCAAGGCAGGGAGGAAGAUCUCAUUAACCUCAACGUUGGAGGCAUCCAGCACAAGGUGGAGCGCUGCGUUCUGCUCCGGUUCCCCAACACACGCGUGGGUCAGUUAAUCCAGUGCUGCAGCGAUGCCGCCAUCUUGGAACUCUGUGACGACUACAGCCCCGCUGAACAGGAAUACUAUUUCGACCGGAGCCCUCAAGUCUUCCACUGUGUUCUGAACUUCUACCGUACGGGACACUUUCAUGCUCUUGAGGAACUGUGUGUGUUUUAUUUCAGCCAGGAGAUCGAAUACUGGGGCAUUUGUGAGCUGGAUCUGGAAGCCUGCUGUCUCGAUUGGUUCCUUGAACGGAAGCAGAACGCUUGUGGCCGGUCAGGUAGUGGCACCUCAUCAGAGGGUAUCUCGGUUGUGAGCAGUGACCUGUGGAGGUUUGAGGGCACCUGGUGUUCAGAAGCGCGUAAGCUCAUGUGGCAAACUCUUGAAGAUCCCAGUCACUCCAAAUGUUCCAAAGGUGUAGCGGUGGUUUCUGUCCUGGUCAUUUUGACCUCCAUUGUGGCCAUGUGUAUCCACAGUAUGCCGGAAUUCAGGCACGCAACUGACAGUGAGCAUUCUGUCCUAGACUCUCUGGAGGUCAUCUGUAUCCUUUUCUUCUCAGUGGAGUUUGCCCUGCGGGUCGUAGCAGCUCCUCGCCCAUGGAGUUUUUUGGGAAACCCUCUGAACAUGAUCGACAUAGCUUCUAUCUUGCCUUUCUACGUGACUCUGGCCUUUGAAAGUUUGGACGAAGAUGAUGGGGAGAAAAACCAAAGUCUGGUCAACAUGGGCAAGUUGGUUCAGGUUCUCCGGUUAAUGAGGGCCUUCAGGGUCCUAAAGCUUGCAAGACAUUCAGAAGGGGUGAGAGCGUUUGGGGAAACUCUAAAGAACUGUCACAGUGAGGUGGGUCUCCUCAUUCUUUUCAUUUAUGUUGGAAUAUCGUUCUUCUCAACUUUUAUCUACUACACUGAAAAGGAAGAAGCUUUGUCCAAACUCUCUUCCAUUCCUGUUUGUUGGUGGUGGGCCAUUAUUUCAAUGACAACAGUAGGAUACGGAGAUGUAUAUCCACAGACAGUGGCUGGGAGAAUUGUAGCUACACUUUGCAUUCUCUGUGGGUUACUUGUGACUUCUUUACCCAUCACCAUCAUCAUGAACACAUUUUCUAAGUAUUUUGAAAGAAAUACACCUAGGAGGUGCCUUUCAGAAGCUAAACCAUAGGAAAAUGUCAACCAUUCCCUGUGAAAAUGUUAAAAGGCUGGCUUGCUUUUUGCAAUCUUCAGAAACAUUUAAGGAAAAGUCAUUCUUUUGUACAGUAUAAAUUGUAUAGACACUCUAUUAAUCUUUACAUUA